UGCUAGCGCGCGACGGCGUAAGACGUGUGGUGUGUCGGCUCCGUCGAUUUUCGGCUGGAGUCACGGCUCAAUCCUCUGCACCCCAGCAAGACCGACGUCAAUCGACGCAGCAAACCUUCUGGACCACGUGGAUACUAAUGUUCACCAGGUGGGACCACUUUUGAAGAUUUUACGACCGAAUUACACCCGCCUACGUGGGCGACGCCGUUAGGCCAUACGGCGACGCCGACUCCCGGCGGCGUGGAACCGGCCUCCCGAGGUAAAAUGGCGGCUCCCACGUCAUUCCUGAGGGGUUACGAUCCCGACGCCAUGGCCUGGACGACGGUUUCAACAUCAGAAGAUCAAAACUCCGCUCCUAUUCCGACAUUUCGGCACCAAUCUCUCAAUGAAGCGGUCGCGCGUCGCUCGCUCGUUCAAGCCAAGACGGCGGCGUCCAUCGCCGCCCCAGUCUCCGGCACACCGGCCGGCAAGACGCAGCCUCCCGCUUCGCGCGCUGCGGGAAGCAAACGCAAGGUCCUUACCAAAUGGAAGCCUCGGCCAUUUCCAAAACCGGGCCCUGAUGACUUCGUGGUCGUGCUCAAGCCACGCGAGCAUGUGUCGCUGCACCAAGCCUUUUCGGAGAACCGCUACGGUGCCGCCAUUACGGCCUACCUCGGGCCUGAGGUGGCAAGGUCUGUUACGGUUCUGCCGUCCCGUGAACAAAACCUGAUAUUGAUCCACACCCCGAACCCGGCAGCGGCAGAUCGGCUCCUCGGGGACUUCUCAAUCAACACCGACCGUGGGCCGAUUCCGCUCCACGGAUACCUUAGGCAAGACGGAGGCGAUAUCUGCCACGGCGUCAUCGUCGUCAGCAACUCUGACACCACUGAAUCGCUUCGAGAGCAGGUGCAAUGGAGAGCAGGCACCAUUGUCGAGGUGAGGAAAUUCGGCUCCUCUAACAAAGCUCGGGUAACCUUCGCCGGGAGGGAGAAACCGCGUUUUGUGCACUAUGAGAACAUGCUCAUCCCAGUGCAAACCUACUACCGGACAAUCCCGGCCUGCGGCCUGUGUGGGGCUGUCGGCCACCGAGCGGAUGCUUGUCCCAACACGCAGCAGAACACGUGCGGACUCUGCGGGCAACAAGCCCCGCUUGUGGAGGGGGUGCGGGCCCCUCACGAGUGUGUUCCACGGUGCUCUGUUUGUGGCGGUGGACACGCCACAAACUCACGUGAGUGUGCGGCAAAAUUCCGCACACACAAGAUGGCCGCCCCGAAGGGCGGGACAAAGAGGAAAAUGGCGGCCAAGAACAAGAGCCGCCAUCUUGGCCUCCCCGGUGAGUCACCGAGCCGGGAGGACAGCAACACCGAGAAGCCGGCACCGAGAAGCUCUACCGGAGGAGCCGGCAAGCGACCGCCGACGCAGCCGCCACCACACGGCGACACUGGAAAACUGUCGACGUCGCCACCACGAGGCGAGGCCAGGGCCUGGGCCAACGCCGUGAAACACGGAACGCAGGUGAGCGGUACGGGCAGGGCUGCCUCCUCUUCCCCUACCUCCUCCCCCCCUGCGGCACGCAGUGCCGAGCAAGCCAAGAUUGCAGCUCUCGAGGGCCAAAUUGAGAUGCUGCUCAAAAAAAUUACGCUCCUGGAAUCGCAGUCAAAACAGCCUACCACUCCCCCCUCUACCCCCGCAACUGAGGCUAUGGAGAGUGAGCCCGCGGCACCGAAUGCAGCACUGAGCGUGGAAGCUGCACUUGAGGCCCGUCUAGAGGCCCGCAUAGAUGCGCGUUUCAACACCCUAGAAAGUCAAAUUUCCGCGGCAAUCACCUCCGCCAUCGCCAAAAUAACUGAAAGCAUUCCGACAAUCGUCGCACAGCACAUCGCUCAAUCCUCGCGUGGCGUCCGACGAACCGGCGGUCUUAUAAAAGACGUGUCUGGCCGCUGUCCGAAAACGUCGCGACGCACCAUUGAAAUUGAAGUAGAAGACAAUGACAGCUGCUCGCUCUCCGGACUGGAGGAUGCUCCCCUCCCCGCGAGUGCUGGCUCCGGAGCAGCGUCCCUGCAAUCGGUCUUUCCCUUCAAUGACCAUGGCGGACAGCCCUCAAAUUAAGCGUUCUCUCCGUACCAAUUCGGCCACCCCCAUCCAAAUUACCCAAUGGAACUGCCGGGGAUUCCGCUCCCGCGCCAAGCGGGCGGACCUCCGGCUUUUCCUGUCAACAUUCGCUUCACUCCCCGCGGUGGUUGCCCUCCAGGAGCCAGGGAGCGGCGCCACCCUUACAAAUUAUACCACGUUCCAGCAGGACCCCUCUUCCUGUAUCUGCGUGCACAAAAAUUAUACAGCCAACCAGGUUGAUUUGGAACUCAAUACUGAUUAUUCCUAUGUGAUGGUCACCCUUCUUCCGCUUAAGAAACAAAACGCACCAUUACAUAUACUCAACAUCUAUUGUUCUCCCAAGCUCAAAAAUGUAACUUUCGCAGCUCUCUUCAGUCGCGCCCUGAAGGCUGCGGGCAGGGACCCCCUGGUGAUCGUGGGCGAUUUCAACGCUCACAGCACACUCUGGGGGUACAUGCGUGAAGAAAAGCGCGGGCGCAAGCUAGCGGAACUUGCGUCCACGCUGGGCCUGACUCUUCACACCGACCCUGCACAUCCAACGCGGGUGGGUAACUCCGUGACUCGGGACACGUGUCCGGACCUUACCUUCACCAAAAACAUUAGACACGCAGAAUGGGCCAACACCGAGGAAACCCUCGGCAGUGACCACUGCAUACUCAACACAACCGUCAGAAGCAAACCAUUGGCAAGAUCCCACGCCCAAGCCCGCCUACCCGACUGGACCAAGUUCCGGCAAAACUACACUAAUUCGGCCCCUAUCCACGAACAAGGUUACCACGCGUGGUCACAAGAAUUGGUUGCACACCUUCGUUCGGCGGAAACACAAGUUCAACUAUCGGAGGCCACGCCGGAGGUCGACAACCACCUCCUGCACCUAUGGGAGGCGCGGCACAGCCUCGUCCGUAGGUGGCGCCGCCAAAAACACAAUCGGAGGCUCAAAAUUCGCAUCGCCGAGCUCACCCAACGAGCAGCAGAGUACGCGGCCCAGCUCGCCGACUCGAAUUGGGUGGACCGAUGCAACACGGCCGCUAGACAAAUGUCUAGCCGG